UGUUUUAUUUUUUUAGACAUACUAAUCUAGAAUACAGUCCAUUACAAGACAUAUUAAUUGACACAGAAUGGAUUGUACCACUAAUUGCAAAUAUAAAGAACAUGGAAGAUACUUGACUUCAGUUGUUGUAUCUGAACCAGUUUCUACUGUUGACCAGCUAUUAACUCAAAGAUGUUCCAACUCUCUUCGUAACACUGACAAUAAUGGAAGAAACAUUUUACAUAUAGCGGCUUCUUGUGGUCGUGUGGAUAUAUUACAGUGCCUGUUUGACAAACACAAACUUGGAAACAUCUUACCAAAGAAGGAUCGAGAGUCUGGUUGGACUGCAUUACAUCGUGCUAUAUUUUAUGGUCAUAUUGAAUGUGCAAUUUUUAUUUAUAAGGUACUUUUGGACUGGGAUUCAGUUGAUAGUGAAAAUAACACACCAAUUGAUUUGGCACACUUGGACUGUCCACGAACAAAAAAGAAAACAAAACAUAAGGAGAGGUUAGCCGUUGUGGUUUUACCUUUUGAGUCAGGAGAAGCUGGUGAAUUGACAUUAAAUGUUGGAGAUGUUGUGGAAGUUUUAAAUACUAAUCAAACUGGAUGGGGUGUGGGAAGAUUGCAACAUAAUAGAAAUAAAGGUCUCUUUCCUGUCAAUUUUGUUGAAGAAGUUAAAGAAGAUGUUUGUACAGACAAAGUAGAACUUUUUGCUGCUAAAAACGAUGUUUACAUUUGGGGAAACAAUGUGAACUACACACUUGGGUUAGGAGAUGCUAAGAAUCAACAAUAUCCAGAACUCCUAGAAUACUUUUGGGACAACAACAUUGACAUUCAGCAUAUAGAAGUUACCACAUUUCAUUCAGUCUUUUUAAACUCGAGAGGAGAAAUAUACACUUGUGGUCUUGGUUUGCGAGGAAGACUCGGACAUGGCACAGAGGAAACACAUAUGUACCCACAGAAAGUUGAAGCUCUCAUUGGUUCUAUUUGUAUAUCAGUUGCAGCAGCAGCUCACCAUACUCUUGUGCUCGAUCAGCUUGGACAAGUAUACUCAUUUGGAUCAAAUGACUUUCAUCAACUUGGUCACCAUCCCCCUCCUAAAGAAUAUCUUCUGCCUGUGCCAAUAACGCAUAAAUUUUUAAAAGGCAAGCUAAUAAUUGGCAUUGGAGUGGGUAAAUUUCAUAGUCUUAUGUACACAAGACAAGAACUCUAUACAUUUGGGUUAAAUGGUGGACAGCUUGGUUAUGGUAAAAAUGAAGAAUUUCAAACAAUACCCAAAUUGGUGUCUCAUUUAUAUAAGAAAGAUGUCUAUAUUAAAACUGUUGUGGCAAGUGAUGGUGCAACAUUGUGCUUAAUGGAAAAUGGUGAUUUAUAUUUACUAAGUGAUUAUGUGUGUCGUAAACUUGCCAUAAAGAUGCUUGAUGUCAAAUGUAUCUGUAUACGUGGAGGUAGUCUUGAUUAUAAGGGUGGGAUUGAAGCUAAACAAACAGAACCUCUAAUAGUUGUUGUAUUGCACCAAUCAGGAGUGGUGGAAUGUUGGAAACCAAGCUACAAAUCUUUUAAAUCAUGCUUUUGGCUCAGUCAUAAAUUGACAAAUCAAAGAAUAACACAUAUCUCUUUGGCUAAACAAAUCAUCCUGACAACAGACAGUGGUCUCGUUUAUUUUGGAUACUUUCAUCAAAAGCAACGCAAGGAUGAUAUUCCAUUAGUUAUUACAGCCAACCCAGUAAAAGCAGAAGUCAUAGCAGGAAGUUUUACUUUAGAAGAAGUUGUUUCGAAGUAUAAAUGUAAGCGUCAAGAAUGUGAGGAGAUUCACUUGGAAAAAAUUCCUUUACUGUAUCGAUGUCGAAUGUGUUUUAUUGAUUGCAAGGGAAGGACAUUUGCAGCUAUACAGUCUGACCCAAGAAUUGGACUUACAGAAUAUCCAGUCAUUCGUGAGUCGAAUUUUUCACAAGAUUUUGAAUCAUUAUUUAAUGAAGCUACCCUUCAUGACUGCAUCCAUGAUGGAUAUAUUAAAAUCAAAUCUACAAAAAUACCAGUACAUAUGUUUUUACUGCAAUGUCGAUUAAAUUGCGUUGAGAUUUUUAAUACAAGACUGAAAGACGAGGAAGGAACAAAAGUCAUUGACUUCUCAGAUGAUGCUAACAUAUCUGUGGAGCAUGUCAAAUGUUGGAUUAAAAAGGUUUACCAAGGAACUAAUGAAACAAUAAAUCCCCCUUACUGUUUUAAUGUAAAUAAAAAAGGAAAUACGAAACAAAAAGAAGAUUUUUCUGAUGACGAUGUGGCAUUUGCCAUGAAAAUGAAACAGUUUUCGCUCAUCGAUUUUGAAAAUCCGAUUGAUGAGCAUGACAUGUUGGGAGAACAACGUGUAACUUCGAAAAAGAAAAAGAAGAAGAAACAAAAGAAAAAAUCAGCAUUUGGUGUUUAUCAAGAGAACAGUAAUGAUGUAGUGACAAGUGAUAAAAAAAUUAAAAAGAAAAAACAAGAUCUGUAUGUAAUUCAUAGUUUAGAUAGCUGGAAAAAUCAUUUAGAUAUAGCAGAUAUUGUAUUAGAAUCUACAGAUGGGAUAUUAGUAGAAUGUCAUAGAUGUGUACUGGUUGCAAGAUUGGACUAUUUCAACAAUAUGUUAAAUAGUAAAUGGAUGGAAUCUUUCUUGUGUAAAGAUGAAGCACUGAAGAUUCCUAUCCCUGGUAACAUUCUCACUUUAAUCAUUGAUUAUCUCUACACAGAUAAAGCUGAUUGUUUACAAGAUGCAGAUAUAAGUUUUAUUGGAGAAGUGCUUGCUUGUGCAGAUCAGCUUUUGAUGUCGAGGCUGAAGGAGAUUUGUGAACGUUCUCUUGCAGAUAAAAUUUCGCUAAAAAAUGCAGUGGAACUAUUUCAGUUCUCCUGUACAUUCAACGUUUUACAACUAAAGGUGUUUACAUGCCAGUUCAUUUCACUCAAUUUGGCGUAUUACUUGGAAGCAAGAUUGUUGGAAGAUCUCUCAUAUGAAGAGUUGGGUGUGCUUUCUAGAGUUUACAGAAGCAUGGUUGCUGAUAUGGAUACUCGAGUUAUCAAAGCAUCCAACUUUCAUAAAGAAGUCGAUAAGCAGGAAAAACUUAUUAGAGAUGCAUUACAGUGUGAAUUGAAUAAAAUAAAGGCACGUAAUAAGAAAAUUGCCAUGCAAAAUGAUUUCAAUGAGAUGAUAUAUAAUAGUUGUGAUGUAGUAACGCCAGAAGUCAUGGAGGAAAAUGUAAAAGCUAAGGUACUCAACAAUAACCCAAAAAUGAGUUGUUGGAGCAAAAUACCGCAGCCAUCUGGUACACCUGAAAAGUUUUCAAAAGAGAAAAUUAAGAAGACUGUGACAAGCUCACCUUUUAAAAAGAAAUCUCAGAAGGAACGAAAAAACGGACAGAGGAACAUUCCCACUAUGGUGGAGGAACAAAAAGAUGCAGAGAUAACAAGCCCUGUUGAAAUGCCCUGGGGAAGUUCAUCAUCCAACAGUAGUCAAACUCCUGCCAAAUCAUUAAGAGAUAUAAUGAACGAAGAACUGCCACAUGUUAAGCCUGCCAAAUCAAUCAAGGGCGGAGCAUUUCCAAGAACUUCAGCCAAUCAAAGAAGAAGAAGUUCAGAAACUGCUGAUGAACCCCCUGCAGAAAGAAAUCCAUGGCAGCGAAAAAAUGUUACUGCUACUGUAAAUUCUCCGCAUCAAAAUUCUUUUUCUGAAAUUUUGGAUGUUCAGAAAGAAGAGAAAAAAGAACAGCAGCAGCGUUCGAAGAAGCCAAUUACAACCAUCCAGCUUGAAGAAAAAGCAGUGGAAGAGCUUCGUCAAUAUUACGAAUUAAAAUCAAACUUCACAGAGUUUAUCACAGUAAAAAGAAUAAAAACAAUGGCCGACAUACCAUUUUGGGAUCGUGUAAUGGGUGACUAAAUUGUUAAUAUUGUUUCAUCAGUUUUUUAUAUUAGUUUUGAUAGAAAUUGUGUAAUGGUGCUACUGAUAAUGAAUUACUAUUUUGCCUGGAAAAUCAAAUGCUGCAUUGUUAGAA